UGGGCGUUGGGAGCUGAAAAGACGUUGAAGAGGGUAUAUAGCAAUGCCCCCCCAAUGUUUUGUUUCUUGAAAAAUCUUCAAAUUUCGUAUCUGAUCGUCUCGAGAGCUGAAGUAUUCACCAUGGCGUUCCUGAGUUCAGGAGGACCUAUGGUUCUCGUUUGCGGCACAGUAAUCAGCAUCAUCAUUUUUCUAUACCGCUCUCUAAUCCGGGUUCGAUCGUGUCCUUUACCGAAGAUCCCCUACAACGCCAAGGCAGCAUCCCGAUUCCUCGGAGACAUCCCUGAUGUCAAGAGCGCCAAGUACAGACGAUCAUGGAUAUGGAGCCAACCCAAGAUACACGGCUCUCCACUAGUCCAGCUCUUCAUCCAUCCUUUCGAGAAACCCGCUGUCGUGGUAUCCGACUAUCGAGAAGUUGUCGACAUUUGCUCCCGCCGACUGAAGGAGUUUGAUCGAGGGACCCGGAAUAAAGAAUGCGUGGGCUUAACUGCGCCCAAUUUCCACAUGACGAUGGAAUCGAGAGACCCCAGGUUCAGGCUACACAAAGAACUGCUGAGGGAUCUGAUGACGCCCGCUUUUUUGAACGAGAUAUCUGCCCCUCGAUUGUAUGAAAGGACAGGAGUCUUGAUUAAACUCUGGACACUGAAAGCUGACAAGGGACGAGGACGACCAUUCAAUGCUAGAGACGAUUUAUACCUGGCUGCCCUGGACAUUAUUUCCAGCGCCGCCUUCGGUCUUGAUGACGGCAAAGGAACAUUGGAGAGGGAGAUCUCGCACACACAAUCAUUCAACCCCAACGAGUUCAAGGGCUUCAACGGCCCUUUGCGUUUCCCCAAGGCACCGACCGACCCCGAGACCGCGUCAUUGUUCGAUCUCGCAGACAUGAUAGCCAUUGCCCAGGGCAGUCCAUUCCCUACAUUGAGCCAGCACUUGGCAAUGCUAAAGCCCAAGCACGCCAAGGCGUGGUGGUACCGGCGGCGUCUGAUCCAUCGCCAGACUACCAGGAGCGUGGAUAGACUCAAGGAAGGAAGGGGAGAAUUCAUGCGUGAAUGCGCUCUCGAUCAGCUCCUGUGGCGAGAGAUGAGCGCCGCAAAGAAGGCUGAUCGCAAGCCGGACUUUUACUCUCCAAUUAUAAGAGACGAGCUCAUUGGCUAUCUUCUUGCUGGCCACGAUACUACUGCCACUGCUAUCGCAUGGUGGGUGAAGUACAUGGCUCGCCACCAGCGAGUUCAAGACCGCUUACGAUUCGAGCUUCGCCAAGCGCAUUCCUACGCCGUCGAAGAAGCCCGCUGGCCGAGCAUAAGAGAGAUUACCUCGACUUCAAUUCCAUACCUGGACGCUGUCAUGGAGGAAACUGUGAGAUAUGCUGCUGUUGCAACGCUCAUUAUCCGAACUACCACUUGCGACACCGAGAUCCUGGGCUAUCCCAUCCCGAAGGGGGUCAACGUCAUUUUGCCCCUGACAGGUCCGUCGAUGAGCGAGCCAGCCAUUGGAAUUCCUGAAUAUCUCAGAUCAACUGCAUCUCAAAAUGACAAAGACCGUGUGCCGCCCUGGGGUGACAAUGUUGGAGAGUUUGUUCCGGAGCGCUGGCUGAAAUGGGAGUGUGGAGCCGAGGGCAUCUCAACACAGGUAUUCUGUCCAAAAGCCGGCCCAAACCUGGCAUUUUCUGCGGGACCGCGUCAAUGCUUUGGCAAGAGGUUGGCGUACCUAGAAAUGAGGGUGUUGAUGACGCUUCUCAUUUGGAACUUCAAGUUUGGAGAGUUGGAUGAGGAGCUUAACAGUGAUGGGAUAGUGGAAAGUCUGGUCAACCUCCCAAAGGACUGCUACGUGAAGCUCUCUAAGGUUUAAAAGAACUGUCCAGUAGCCUUCUCACACUUUGGGCCCUAUUUGGCAGCAUCACAGAGGCGUUAGAGGCGACAGGCUGGAGCCUAGCCCUGAUAUCCAUUGUCUAUUUAAGUCAGACAGAGUGGAUGGUAUGAAUUAUGAACAAGUUUACAUGACGC